CUAUAUAAAGCUAAAAUUCUACCAGAUUAAGGCAGAAGUGCUCAGUGUGGCCACAAUCUCUACUGUUCCUUGAAGAAAAGCUUCCCGCAUUCCAGUAACAGAAAUACCCAAGUCUGUGGUGACUGUCAUCACACUAAUUGAGAAGCAAUUCUAAGAAAUUUGCCCCAUUUUCAAGUUAUUGUCUUGGAAAAGGGACAGUUAUCAUGUGGGAACAAGCUGGACCAAGAGUUAUAUCUUAGUGCAGUAGAAAGCAAUCCUUACAUCCUUCUCAGGCAGACUAUCAGAGACACACCCCCAACUUUUCUUCUUUUGUGUGUGUGUGAAUUUUUAAAGAAGCAUUGCUCAAAAUGUCUUUUUUUUUUCUGACUUAUCUUACCCCAUGCAAACUCAGAAGUUCUCUGUAUUUUAUGAAAUAAACCCACCAGGCACAGCUCCAUUUUGGAAAACAGCUUUUCAUUAACUCUCCCCUGCCUUGCUCUCAGAGACACUAACCUUACUUUUGUUAUGUCUCUGAAUUUACAAAAUAGUGUUAUGAGUCGGGCUGUUGCCUGCCAGUACAAUUUUUACACCUUUACUGUUUUGCUUGGAAAUUUAGUGGCUCUGAUAUGCAGAAGAUACCAGUGUGCAUCUUCAGGGAGGAGCUUCUCGUGGAACAGACUGGAGCUGGAACAGGACCCCAGGGCAGCUCCAUGCCUUGCUGUGGGAGUUUCAGGCUUGGCAGAGGGGCACAGCCGGAGGGUGGGAUUACCAGGGUGGCAUGUUACCCUUCCCACUCUUGGGAAGGCUUUCCAAGGCAGCUCUUCCUCAGGGUGAGACGUGGUGCCAUUGGGUCUGGUGCCACCUGCUGUGCUGCUGGCAUCCUCCUCACUUAAACCCUGAGAUGUGGCACACUGCCGCCCCUACCCAAGGGUUAAGUUAAGGGCAAAAUCAGGAGAGAUUUGCUUGUUUUGAAAAGUAUCUUUUUCACAGUCCCUCAUCUCUACAAAGGGAACCCAUCCAAAUCUGCCUUUGUUACUUUUGUAUCUGAUAAGGCUUCAGUUGACAACUCUAGUUCUUGGAGCUGGAAAUUCUGUUAUUAGGGCACCGACACUUUUCUCAAUAUUAAAAACCUCUUUCUUUUAUAGCUGUCAGAAUCAAUCUUUCAGAUCUCCCCUCCAGCUGCUGUGCUCUCUUGUGAGCUGAUUGCUACUCCUGGACAGGUUGCAAACUUCUCUCCAUGGCUUAAAUGGAUAUCCGAGCACAUUUCUCUGAUGGAAUCAACCAUCAGUCCCAGAUGAUCUCAUCCUUCAAGAACUAAAUUCCAAGAGAAAGAAUACAAGAAUGCUUGUUUUAAUGUAUGACUUGCUCUCACACACACAACCUGAGUUUUAAUUUCUAUAUGCAGAAAGGCAAGGGUCUGUCUUCAGUAAACCCUCAUCAGGAGAGGUCAGCAACAGGCCACAGAGAGGUGGAAGGAACUCGGAAGCACCAUGAGGAGGUGAAAGGAAAUACCCAGCUUGUCGUUUUUUAAGCCCAUUUGGGGAAGAUGAAGCUUCUCCCUUAUGGCUGGACGUAGUGGAGUCCAUCUGUUCAGCCUGAGCCUGGGGUGGUAACUGGCAGGCACCUGUUGCAGCCUUUCCUUUUUGCCUUACGUUGGACCCUGCGUUGUGGGGGAAGAACCCAAGGGGCAAAGAUGGUUGUGGUAAGGAGGAGGAACGUGAAAAUGUUCACCUUCGCCUUUCUGCUCAUCACAGUGACAUCAUUUCUGCUGAACUACACACACCAGGUGACCACAACCACCUGGGACCCCAGACAUCUCGUUGUGCAGUUUUCAGAGCAUGUUCAAAAACUCUUCAAGUCCCCCAGGAGACCUUGCAGCUGCCGCACGUGCAUUUCGGAGCUGGGACAUUCCCUCUGGUUUGAUCAGAGAUUUAACUCAACUAUGCAACCUUUCCUGACCUCACAAAAUGCCUUGAUCCCAGAAGACAGCUACAGGUGGUGGCUGAAACUGCAAGGAGAGAAAGCUCCGAGGAGUUUGAACUCCACUCUGUCAGAGCUGUUUGGGGUCAUCCCUGGGGACGGGGACCCGCUGCAGGAGCGGGGCUCCCCCGGCUGCAGGCGCUGCGCCGUCGUGGGCAACUCGGGCAACCUCCGGCAGUCCAACUACGGCCAGGACAUCGACUCGCACGACUUCGUGCUCAGAAUGAACCGUGCCCCCACUGCUGGCUACGAAUCAGAUGUUGGGAGCAAGACCACUCACCACUUUGUUUAUCCUGAGAGCUACAAAGAGCUGGCAGCAAAUGUGAGCAUGAUCCUGAUCCCCUUCAAAACCCUGGACCUGCGCUGGGUUGUCACUGCUCUCACCACAGGCACCAUCAACUUUACAUAUGUUCCAGUUCCAAGGAAAAUCAAAGUCAAAAAGGAAAAGAUCCUGGUUUAUAAUCCAGCUUUUAUGAAAUACAUCUAUGAAAACUGGCUUGAGCAUCAUGGGAGAUACCCCUCCACAGGCCUUCUGUCUUUGAUGUUUGCUCUCCAUGUAUGUGAUGAGGUGAAUGUGUAUGGCUUUGGAGCAGACAGCAAAGGACACUGGCAUCAUUACUGGGAAAACAACACUUCAGGUGGGGCUUUCCGGAAGACAGGCGUCCAUGACGGAGAUUUUGAGUUCAAUAUAACUUUGACUCUUGCCUCCAUUGAAAAAAUAAAAUUUUUCAAGGGUAGAUGACCCUGGCCAAGGGGACAAGUGGGGGCUGCAAUUUCCAGCAUGCAGCAGUGAAGAUGAGGCACCAGCUGGGUUUGAAUGCGUGGGUCUGUGGUGGAUUUGGAGCAUCUCACUCUGCAGGGAGCGAGGCCAGGCUUCCAAGCUGCACAUGAUUUCCUAUCUAGGGAGAGCGGGAGCUACCAACCACUUACGGGAAUAAAUUAAUCUCUGCUUAGGCUCUAUGGCUCGAUUCUUGAAUUACUGAUGAAAGAUCUGCCUGUUGCAAUUAGAGGAAGCCUGAGCACAGGAACUGCUCUCUGUGUGUCUGUUCUCUCCUUGAGCAAGGCAGGAGAUCCUUGAAGAAGAGUGAAAAUGACUUCUGGGACUAGAGAUCCGCUAAGGCAGCUGUGAACAUCAUAGUAAGGAUUACCUCAAAGAAAUGAAUUCACUUCUGCUGUUGAUCUUCUUUUUGAACCACCUUUUCUCUGUUUUCUUAUUACUUCUAUUUUCAUGCUGUAUUAAGGAAAAACAUGAUGAAGUUGCCUGGAGGACUAAGUAUUUCAACCAUUGCCUCAUUUUGCAUUGAUAGUGUCUAGAAAUACGAAUCAAAUCAUCUCAUGUAUUAUUUAAUAUUGCUUCCUACACAGCCAUAAUGAUGGAGAAAAUAAUACUGAAAACUCCAGGAAAAAAAAUGGCCUUUUUAGCCACUUGUCUGUCUUGUUUGAUUAUAUGUAAUUUUUGGUUUCUUGAUGUGUUUUGGUUUUUUGUUUUCUUUUUUUUUUUUUUUUUGAUGGAAAAUACUCUGGUAUGUUUGUUUGUUUGUUUAUUUAAUCAGUUUAAUAUUGGGAAGUGGACUUUCUUCAAGUCAUUUAUAUGUGCCUUUUAUAAUUGUGCAACAAAUG